AUGUUCGCUGCACGCCGCACCGCCACUCUCUUCCAGAGACGAGCUUUCUCUGCCACUGCCUCCCAGGCCUCCAAGGUCUCCGUCCUCGGUGCCGCCGGUGGCAUUGGCCAGCCAUUGUCUCUGUUGAUGAAGUUGAACCCUCGUGUCUCUCAGCUUGCUCUCUAUGACAUCCGCGGUGCACCUGGUGUUGCCGCUGAUUUGAGCCACAUUAACACCAACAGCGUUGUCUCCGGCCAUGAGCCUACCCCAUCUGGCCUCAAGGAGGCUCUUGAGGGAUCUGACAUCGUCCUUAUCCCCGCUGGCGUUCCCCGCAAGCCAGGAAUGAGCCGUGAUGACCUUUUCGCGACCAACGCAUCCAUUGUCCGUGACUUGGCCAAGGCUGCCGCUGACCAUUGCCCCAACGCCAACGUCCUCGUUAUCUCCAACCCCGUCAACUCCACCGUCCCAAUUGUUGCCGAGGUCUUCAAGAGCAAGAAUGUCUACAACCCCAAGCGUAUCUUCGGUGUUACCACUCUUGAUGUCCUCCGUGCCUCUCGCUUCGUCUCUGAGAUCAAGAAGACCGACCCAGCUGAUGAGAAGGUCACCGUUGUCGGCGGCCACUCCGGUAUCACCAUCAUCCCACUGAUCUCCCAGUCCAACCACCCCGACAUUGCUGGUGAGGCCCUCGACAAGCUCACCCACCGCAUCCAGUUUGGCGGUGAUGAGGUCGUCGAGGCCAAGGCCGGUGCUGGAUCUGCCACCCUCUCCAUGGCCCAGGCUGGUGCCCGUUUCGCCGACAGCCUUCUCAAGGCUACCCAGGGCGAGCAAAACGUCGUCGAGCCAACUUUCGUCGACAGCCCCAUCUACAAGGGCCAGGGUAUCGAGUUCGUCGCCUCCAACGUCCGCCUCGGCCCUAACGGUGUUGAGGAGAUCCUCCCCAUCGGCAAGAUCUCCGAGUAUGAGCAGAAGCUCCUCGACAAAUGCCUUGUUGAUCUCAAGAAGAACAUCCAGAAGGGUGUCGACUUCGUCAAGGCCAACCCUUAG